CCAUAACCGACCACACUGUACAGGAAUGAAGAAGCACGUAUCUAUGAUUUGCAGGUGAAGCAGAACCCUCUCUUCCCAGCUAUAUCUAUCCCUAAGCAUUGGGAGAGUAAUUUGGUUCGUAGCAACUCAAUUCAACCCACUAAUCACACACCAUGCAGGCCAGUGAUAGGUUUAAUAUCAACUCUCAGCUCGAGCAUCUCCAAGCCAAAUAUGUUGGAACUGGUCAUGCGGAUUUGAACAGAUUUGAGUGGGCAGUGAACAUUCAACGUGAUAGCUAUGCAUCAUAUAUUGGCCACUACCCUUUACUGGCAUACUUUGGUAUUGCUGAAAAUGAAUCUAUUGGAAGGGAACGCUAUAGCUUUAUGCAGAAAAUGCUCCUGCCUUGUGGUUUGCCUCCCGAAAGAGAAGAGGAUUAAUCACACAGUACAGUUUAUAUAGCCUUUCACAUUUUAUUGUGAUGUGUUAUCUGAUGGAGGAAACAGAUGGUUGUGGCCUUGAUUACAUAUUGUAGUGAUCUUUCUUUAGCUUGUGGGUGCUUAAGUAUUUGUUAAGGAGCUUGGAAAAUUUUCAAGAUAUGUCAAGUUUAGUUUAUUCUUGAAUCGUAAGUUUGUCUGUGUUUCUUAAAUGGUGGCAUCCAAGAAAAUGUGAUUCUCCCUUGAAUGACUUUCAUAACAUGCACAAUUUUUAUGUUGCAUUUUGAGUUUGAACUCAAGGAACAAGGUACACUACUUGCUAAGUGUAUUGCUUGCAUGUAUAAUUGUUAGUUAAUAUCUGAGUUUUUAUCA